CAGUCCCAAAACCAACCUCAAUCCCAUCUUACCCCCCCGCUCAGGGAUCUUACUCUUCCCCAUCAUCUAUGUCUCCAAUGCGUGUUUUGGGAACCCCCACUCCCCCACCACAACAGGGCAGACCCCCAGCACAGGACUAGCUGGGCCUGCAGAGGUUUCAGGGUAUACAACUCUGCAGUCUUCUCCCAAUGCGAUUGUCCUUCCACAGAGAACUCCCCAAACUCCAAUGUCUGCAACUCACCAGCAACCGCACAACAUGCCCCCAAAUUCAGGGCAAAUGUAUCCUGGUAUGGGGUUACAGCUUGGUCCCCAAAUCAACUCAAAUCGGUCACAGCAAGGGUCUCAUGAAGCCUUGAUCAGUCAGGGAGCAGACCAGCGUCUCCUCCAGGCCCAGCAGCAGGCUUCUCGAAGUGGGCAACCAUUGCAGCCUGCUCCCUUAAGCUUUCAGGGUCCAUCUGUCAGUCAACAUGGAGCUCCACCCCUAAACCAAGGCUUGGCACUCUCUUCCCAGAAUGCUCAGUCGCAUACACACUUCCCCCCUCACACUCAUCACCUGCAGAGCGUGACCCCUUCCCACAGCCAACCCUCUCAUCAUUGGGUGCCUCCUGCCUCCCACCAUCUGUCCUCACCCCCUCUUACACCACAGAAAGUGCCUCACUUACAGCAUUCCCCCACGGCCCAGUCAGGUGAUGCUUCAAUGAUGGGUUCUGACAGAUCAGCACUCUGCGCCGGUGCCUCCAGCCAACCUAUUGGCACAGAGCAACCCAGUGACCAGGAGACCAAGCCAAAAAAGAAGAAGAAGAAAAAGGCUAAGUUAGCGGACGGUGAGGAAGAAGAGGGAGGAAAGAAGGCGACAAGAGUAGGAAUUGGAGAGGAAGGUGAAAAGCCAGAAAUUCACAGAAUAGGAAGUGAUGCAAACACACAGAUUUUUGGCACAGGAAUUAUGGAAGGAUGUUUGCAACAAGUGGAGAAGAAAAAGCAAAAGAAGAAACCAAAGGAGAAGGCAGAGGGUAAGGAGCCGAAGACCCCGAAGACACCCAAAACGCCCAAAACACCCAAGAUUCCCAAAGAGCCCAAGGAGAAGAAAGCUAAGAGCUCCACGCCCAAGCCCAAAACCCCCAAGAAAGCCAGUAAAAAGGUGGAGACUGAAGACGGGGCUAGUGCUGCUAAAAAGGAUUCCAAGAAGAGAGACUUGGCAGUGACUGAUGAUGUGGAGGUGAAUUCUCUGCCCCCAUCACUUCAGGAAGAUGAUGACGAUGAUGGUGUGCAGAAGCGUCGUUCUAGUCGUCAAGUGAAAAGGAAGAGGUACACAGAGGAUCUCGAGUUCAGGAUUUCUGAUGAUGCUGAUAGUGGGGAUGAUUCACCCGCACCUAAAUCCCCAUCAUCCUCAUCACAGCAACAGGAUGUGGCUGAGGCAGAGGGGCCUGUUGUGGAGAAGAUCAUGGGCAUGCGCACCACCAAGAAACAGCUGGAUUCUGGUGAGGAAGUGGAGGUGCAGGAGUUCUAUGUCAAAUUCAAGGGCUUUUCAUACCUUCACUGUCGGUGGUUAGACCUGGAGGAACUGGGGAAGGACAAAAGAAUACAUCAGAAGGUCAAGAGGUUUAAGGCCAAGCAACAACUCAACAGCUUUAUAACAGAGAUGGAUGAUGAGCCUUUUAACCCGGAUUACGUCGAGGUGGACAGAGUCCUGGAUGUUUCCGAGAGCACAGAUGAAAACGGAGAGAUGGUCACUCUAUAUUUGGUUAAGUGGUGCAGUUUGCCUUAUGAAGACUCCACGUGGGAGCUGAAGGCUGAUAUUGACCAGUCCAAGCUAGAGGAAUAUGAACGCAUCAUAGCAUGCACACCCAACACUACGAGAGUGGAUCGUCCUCCUGCAGAUGACUGGAAAAAGUUGGAGACCUCCAGGGAAUACAGGAAUGGCAACGCACUCAGGGAAUACCAGUUAGAAGGCCUCAACUGGCUAACCUUCAACUGGUACAACUCACGUAACUGUAUCUUGGCUGAUGAGAUGGGUCUAGGGAAGACCAUCCAGUCCAUAACAUUCCUUUAUGAGAUCUACAUGAAGAACAUAGAGGGACCUUUCCUGGUCAUUGCACCACUCUCUACCAUUCCCAACUGGGAGAGAGAGUUCAGGACAUGGACUGAGCUCAAUGUGGUGGUCUACCAUGGCAGCCAGGCUAGCCGUAAGACCAUCCAGGCCUACGAGAUGUACUACAGAGAUGCACAGGGUAAAAUAAUAAAGGGAGUGUAUCGUUUCCACGCUGUGAUAACAACUUUCGAGAUGAUUCUGGCCGACUGUCCAGAACUUCGUGGGAUCCCAUGGCGCUGUGUUGUUAUAGACGAAGCGCAUCGCCAAAAUAGAAACUGUAAACUACUAGAAGGUCUCAAAAUGAUGGACAUGGAGCACAAAGUUUUGUUAACAGGAACUCCUCUCCAGAACACUGUGGAGGAACUCUUUAGCUUGCUCAACUUCCUCGAGCCUGAACGAUUCCCAUCUGAACAGAUUUUCAUGACUGAGUUUGGGGAUCUCAAAACUGAAGAGCAGGUUCAGAAACUGCAGGGGAUCCUGAAGCCUAUGAUGUUGAGAAGACUGAAGGAGGAUGUUGAGAAGAAUCUGGCUCCUAAGGAGGAAACCAUCAUUGAGGUGGAGCUUACCAACAUCCAAAAGAAAUACUAUCGGGCUAUUUUGGAGAAGAACUUUUCCUUCCUGUCCAAAGGAGGAGGUGGUGGUGGUGGAGGUGGUGGUGGCGGAUCCAGUGUUCCCAAUCUCCUUAACACGAUGAUGGAGCUGAGGAAAUGUUGCAACCACCCCUACCUCAUCAAUGGAGCGGAAGAGAAGAUCAUUGAGGAGUUCAGAGAGUCUCACGGUGGCAGAGCAGAUGUGCCAGAUAUGGCCCUACAAGCUAUGAUCCAAGCUGCUGGCAAGUUGGUACUUAUUGACAAGCUGCUGCCCAAGCUGAAGGCUGGUGGCCACAGAGUUCUGAUUUUCAGUCAGAUGGUUCGUUGUCUUGACAUCCUGGAGGACUACCUCAUCCAGAAACGUUACCCGUAUGAACGCAUAGAUGGUAGAGUUCGUGGAAACCUGCGCCAGGCAGCCAUUGAUCGGUUUUCACGACCAGACUCGGACCGCUUUGUCUUCUUGUUGUGUACAAGAGCUGGAGGACUUGGCAUCAACCUGACUGCUGCAGAUACCUGCAUCAUUUUUGACUCUGACUGGAACCCUCAGAAUGACUUGCAGGCCCAGGCAAGGUGUCACCGCAUUGGUCAGUCCAAAGCAGUGAAGAUUUACCGUCUGAUUACUCGGAACAGCUAUGAGAGAGAGAUGUUUGACAAAGCCAGUCUUAAGUUGGGGCUGGACAAAGCUGUCCUUCAAAGCAUGAGUGGACGAGAAAAUGCCAGCAGUGGGGUUCAGCAGUUGUCCAAGAAGGAGAUUGAAGAUCUACUGAGAAAAGGAGCGUACGGAGCACUCAUGGAUGAAGAAGAUGAAGGUUCAAAGUUCUGUGAAGAAGACAUUGACCAGAUCCUCCAGAGGCGAACUCAUACCAUCACCAUUGAAUCGGAGGGCAAAGGCUCCACCUUUGCUAAGGCUAGUUUUGUUGCAACAGGCAACCGAACUGACAUUUCUCUGGAAGAUCCAGACUUCUGGCAGAAAUGGGCCAAAAAAGCAGAGCUGGACAUGGAUGCCAUUAAUGGACGGAACACACUAGUGAUCGAUACACCGAGGGUGAGGAAGCAGACGCGUCACUUCAGUAGCGUCAAAGAGGAAGAGAUGCUUGAGUUCUCAGAACUGGAGAGUGAUGAUGAUGAACCAGCCAAACCACUGUCAAAGCCUCGACGGCCCCAAGACAAAACCCAGGGCUACCCCAGGUCUGAGUGUUUCAGAGUGGAGAAGAACCUGUUAGUCUAUGGUUGGGGUCGUUGGAGUGACAUCCUCUCACACUGUCGUUUCAAACGCCCCCUGAAGGAGGUUGAUGUGGAAACAAUCUGCCGUGCCCUGCUUUCUUAUUGUCUCCUACAUUACCGUGGUGAUGAAAACAUCAAAGCAUUCAUCUGGGACUUGAUUACCCCAAACGAAGAUGGGACGACAAAGACGCUGACCAACCACACUGGUCUCUCAACUCCAGUCCCUCGAGGAAGAAAGGGAAAGAAGGGGAAAUUACCAGCCCCUCCUCCACAGACGCCACGAGCUGAUUGGCUGGCCGGUUGUAAUCCAGAGCAGUUAUUGCAAGAGGAUAGCUACAAGAGACACCUGAAACAUCACUGUAACAAAGUGUUGCUGAGGGUGAGAAUGCUGUAUUAUCUGAGACAGGAAGUUAUUGGUGACCAGGCUGAACGCAUCCUGGAAGGAACUGACUCCAGUGAGCUGGAUAUCUGGAUUCCCCAGCCCUUCCAUGCAGAGGUCCCAGCUGAUUGGUGGGAUGGUGAGGCUGACAAAUCUCUGCUCAUCGGUGUCUUCAAACACGGCUAUGAGAAGUACAACUCCAUGCGAGCCGACUCUUCCCUUUGUUUCCUGGAGCGGGUGGGCAUGCCUGACGCCAAGGCUAUCGCCGCUGAGCAGAGGGGCUCUGACAUGAUGACAGAUGGUGUAGAGGGUGAGGAGGAGGAUCCAGAGUAUAAGCCACUGCGUAUGCAGUUUAAAGAUGAUAUGGAUGACUUUACAAACUCUCCACUGGAUGACAAGGAUGAUACCAUGGAGGGUGAUCCAGAAGCCAAAUCCACUGGAAAUACUCAAGUGGUGCCUCAAAGUGGUGGUGCCUCUGAUUUCAGUGAACGCCUUUACUGGCCAGUAGCUUCAGCUCUGACUGCCCGCCUACGUCGCCUCAUCACAGCCUACCAGCGCUCCAAUCGAAGAGAGCAGCUCCGCCAGGAGGCCCUCAAUCGGCCUGAUGGACGUAGACGACGACGCAGGGAGUUUCUGCCUUCCAUCACCAUGGUUCCUGAGACAGGAGGGGCAAAUUUUAUCCAAGAAGGAACAGGGGUGUUCAUUACUGAAGCAAGCCCAUAUCUUGUUAAGGGAACUCCAUAUUUUGCAAAAGGUGGCCAGUUUUUGGCAGAGGCAUCACCAGUAAUGGCAGCUACCACCCUCAUGACUGAUGGAGCCAUGUACUACAAAGAAAGAAGACAAAGGUGGACUCGUCGUGAGGAGGCUGAUUUCUAUCGGGUCAUAUCCACCUUUGGAGUUGUUUUUGACACACAACACCAGAAAUUUGAUUGGACACAGUUCAGGGCUUUUGCCAGACUGGACAAAAAAACUGACGAGAGUUUGGAAAAGUAUUACUACUCCUUCAUUGCCAUGUGUAAAAGGGUGUGUCGAAUGCAAGUCAAGGCUGAUGCAGAACUCGCUGACCCAACCCUGAUCAUCGACCCAAUUACAGAGGAACGUGCUUCUCGCACCCUGUAUCGCAUUGAGCUGCUUUGCAGGAUUCGAGAGCAAAUCCUUCCCCAUCCACUGCUUUCUGAACGCCUGAAGCUCUGUCAGCCCUCACCAGACCUUCCAGAGUGGUGGGAAUGUGGUCGUCAUGACCGGGACCUUCUCAUAGGAGCCUCUAAACAUGGUGUGAGCCGGACAGAUUAUCACAUCUUAAACGACCCCACGUUGAGCUUUCUGGAAGCGCAUCAGCGAUUUAUCAGCCAACGAGGGGCUGGCACUGCCAUAGGAUUGCAGGGUGAUGGCACCAAACCUGGGAUGGUAGCAGCUGAAAGCAACCCUAUACCUCUCCUAACCCCUGCAGAACUGGCAAGCGCUGCAGCUGCUGCCACAAUUGCUGUUAAUGCAAUUAAAAAUGAGGAAGGAGAGGGAAAGAAGAUGAACGCUGAAGACGUUAAAGUAGAAACACAAAUAAAAAUGGAGGCAGAGGAAGGAGAAACCAAUGACAUUCCAUGUACCAAGACUGAAAGUCCCAACGAGCAGAAGGAAAAUGUAGGACAGACUGAAGAAGAGAAUGACAAGGCUAAUGCUUUACCAAGGAAGGAGGUGAAGGAAGAAAAGAUAUGUCUGUUUAAAGUAGAAAAAGAGGCUCAGGACAAGGUUAGAGAGGAGUACAGUGAAGGAGGAGAGAGCUGCAACAUGGCAGAAGACAAAGACUUGACGGAAGAGAAGCCAUUGAUUGUUGCCGACCCUCUUGAGGAGCAAAAGGAGGCGACCACAGAACUCUCAGGCUCUUAUGAUGCCUCACUGAAAGCACAGCCUGACCACAGGGUGGUUGAGGAGGAAGAUGAAGAGAAGGAGAUCCCAGAAUCUCCAAAAUCUCCAAAUUCAGCUGACAUCGGGAAAAGCCCAGAGGAGGAAGAGGAUGAGAGGAUGGAUGAAGAUGACAAAUCAGAGAAGUCUUCACAGGCUGAAGUGAGUGCUGCAUCAGAACAGAAGAACUUUGAUGAGGAGAGUAUCGCGUCUCUGAGCAUGUCUGUCCGCGAUGAAACUAGAGAUGGCUUUUGCCCCGAUGACCUGUCUGAGAUGUCUGCACUGCAGGCGUUACACGACCGCACCUUUGCAUUUUCUUUCUGGCCAAAGGAUCGAGUGAUGAUCAACAGGAUGGAUAACAUCUGUGAGGCUGUCCUGAAAGCCAAGUGGCCUGUCAACAGACGCCACAUCUUUGACUUCCCCAGCAACCUGUUGCCAGGACAUGGUUCCACGAUAAGCACAACGGCAGCUGUAGCAACCGAGAAUCCGCUGCAGAGGCGGAGCUUACGUGAGCUGACUAUGGCUGCCAUCCACACAGCUUAUAGCACCAGCAAUGAAAAAACAUUGUCACCACAGAUUCAUGAGCCUGCUCUGAGUCUGGCAGUCCCUCGUCAAAGGAGGAGGAGGAGGAGAAAGGUAGAGAUUGAAGCGGAGAGAGCAGCCAAGAGGCGUAAUCUAAUGGAGAUGGUGGCUCAACUGAGAGAGAGCCACGCUGCUGCCGAGUCACAGAACCAGGCUAUCGACCUCACUAAGAGUGUUCACCAUCAGCACAAAGGCACUUCCUCAUUGGCUGGAUUUCCAUCUGCGCUGGUGACGAGCCCCUCGCUCAAGACACAGAUGGAUUUACUGCAGCAAGCUCCGCCCUCUACACACAGGCUAAAUGGUUCUUUGGAGUCUGAUCUGCCUAUCAUGAGGAGGCGACGAGGCCGCAGGAAAAAUGUAGAAGGCCUGGAGUUACUGUUCCUUGGGCAGAAGACAGCAGGAGGGGAUGAUGCUGAUGGGACCAAUGUUGCUGCUGUGGACGUUGUUCAGGAUGCUGUCCGUACACACAGACCUGCCACUGUCUCUGAACAGAGCCCCAGUUCCGGAACUGUUGCCUCUGGAAGUUUGGAAGAAGAAGAUUCAGCAGCUUCUAACAAAGAGCUUGUAGACUGGCUGAGGCAGCACCCUACGUACACCAUGGACAUGGCUGGAUUCAGACCAAAGAGUGAGGACAUACUGUCUCAGUUUUCUAAGCCUAAGCAGAAGCGCCAUCGCUGUCGAAACCCAAACAAGAUUGACAUCAACACCCUCACUGGAGAUGAGCGAGUGCCCGUGGUCAACAGACGGAAUGGACGUAAGAUGGGCGGGGCCAUGGCUCCACCAAUGAAGGAGCUCCCCAGAUGGCUUUUGGAGAACCCAGAAUUUUCUGUUGCACCUGACUGGACGGACAUUGUUAAACAGUCUGGUUUUGUUCCAGAAGCUAUGUUUGACCGCCUACUGACCGGCCCUGUUGUCAGAGAAGAGGGUGUUCGACGCCGGGGGCGACGACCCAAAUCUGAGAUUGCCAAGGCGGCAGCUGCCGCUCAGGCAGCUGCUCAGGCAUCGCUGGCUUCUACCGCUUCAUCUGCAGGAGGCAUCAACCCUCUGUUGCUCAACGGUCUGUUUGGAGGGAUGGACUUGUCCUCCCUGCAGAGCCUCCAGUCUCUCCAGUUGGCUGCUGGUCUGAUGGCCUUCCCGCCUCCCGCUGACCCGAAGCAGGCUGCUGCUGCUGCAUCCAUGCUGCCCCUCAUGCUUCCUGGUAUGGGAACCCUGCCCAAUAUGGCCGCCACCCUCCCCAACAUGUUCAGUCUAGGUGGGCUGUUUGGUAGUAACCUGGCAACGGCCACAGCUGCUGCCACAGCAACUAAUUCCACAGUUGCUGCAUCAUCAGGGAACACCAAUGGAACGAUGGAGACAGACAGAGGAGACGGUGAUGAAACCAUGUUGAAGAGGAAGAGAGAGGGCGACGAAGAAAAUGGUGAUGCAAAGGGAGAAGAGGAGAAGGAGGAGGCUGAGGGAAAGGAUGAAGACAGGCAGAAGGCAAAGAAGCAGAAGAUUGACAAAGAGGGUGAGGGAGGUGCAGCUAAAAUGGAGAAGUCUGCCGAUAUUGCAGCAACUCAGAAAGCAACUGCGGAUUCGUCAGCUGAUCCUUCCAGUAACGGGGAUGCUGCCGCCCUGUUGGCUGCAGCAGGCAUGUCUGCUAAUUCUUUGGCAUUCAACCCCUUCCUCCUCUCCACUAUGGCCCCUGGCCUCCUCUACCCCUCCAUGUUCCUCCCACCAGGCCUCGGGGGACUUAGUCUUCCUGGCUUUUCAACAGCCUCCACUCUGGCCGAGCUUCAGAGCGCCAUGGCAGGAGCACUAGGGGGCAGCACAAUGACAACAAACCCCCGCAGAGAUGAGGAAGAGGAGGAGGAGGAGGAAGAGCAUAUGAUGAAGGCUACGCAGGAGGCACAAGGAGGUGACUGUGACUUAGCAGAGGAAAAGGAGGGGAAGGCGGUGGAGGGUUUGAGACGUGAGGCUGAGGUUUCAGCCAUAGGGGAUGGAGGGACGAGACAAAAGGAGGAGGAGGAGGCCUCAGCGUCUCCACUGAAGGACAAGAGUGACUGAAAUAAAUCACAAAAUGACUGAACUUGGACUUUUCACCCCUCUGACCUCCUUCAGACUCCACGAGAAACAUCCAAACAUUAUAUAUAUUCUUUCCUUUUUUAGUUGUCACUCUGUUUUGGCCAGUUUUUGUUUUUUUAUUGUGUGUGUGUGUGUGUGUGUGUGUGCGUGCGUGCGUGAGUGUGUAAGUUAAAACUCAGACUGAUGUUGUAGUCAGGGAAACCGUCACGUUCACUCAGUUACAGCGUGUGUGCACUGUGAACGGUGCAUCUCCAUUUUUCCCCCAGAAUCGCUCAAACAGGACGUCACUGUUCCGCUUGUUGUUGCUGCUUUCAGCUCUAAUUUUUUUUUUUUUUUUUUUCCCUCUUUGUCUGGACUGUUUGUUUUUGCCAGCAUCUCAUCAAAGGUAGAAGAAAUGCCUGCUGGUGAUGCAUUUGUCUAAAAGGGCGUCACAGUCACCCAGCUGUCUGUCUGACAAAGCUGCUGCAAAAGGAAUUGUGGGUAAUGGAGGUCAUUUAGCUGUUCUGUUUCAGAGCAGAGUUUGAGUUCUCACAUGCGAGUCAGGUCGACUCUGAGGAGGAAACAGGAAACAGACAGGCCUAAAGCUCACGUCUCACACACACUGAUUACCACAACACACACACACAAACCGCUUGUGUCAGGUGUUUAUGGCAUGCACACUGUUGACGCUGAUCCAAUACUGUUGAGUCCAGUCCCACACUGUUUGAUCAGUCUUGAGUCUUUGUGUGUCGUGGCAGCCGUCACGUUUGUUUUUUAUUUUUGUUUUUCUUUCUGUGAUGGAUUUGGAGUGGCGGUCCACACAGGAAUGCGUUGUUUCAGGUUCUUUGUAUUAGUUUUUAUAGAAAGAGCAGAUUCUCCUAGUCGUGUAUGAUGGAGAUGUUUCCUUUUUUCCCCCAAGUUGCUGCCACUUUAAAUCUUUUUUCUCCUCCUCCUCUCUGCAUUCUGGUAGUUUCACACGAAGUGCUGCUCCCCUAGUGACCUCUUGAAGACUGUUGUUCUAGUCACACACACUGACACACAGGCCUGGCCCACAUGCGACUGAAACCCAUUAAAGUUUUUAAGUCUAACGUAAAGUUUGACUGUGGUCACUGAAUACGCUUAAAAUACUUGAAAAGUGCACGUGGUGCUUUGAUUUGUCGUGCCCAUUCCUAAAGCUGGUUUUCAAGCCGGCUCAAGCACCUCAUGUGGUGUUGGACAGAACAUUGAAAUAAAACUGUGCGGCCAGGUCUUUUUUUGUUUGUUUUUUUGCUACCACAACCAGCCCAGCAGGGGGCAGAGACGUGCACGAUGGAGGAGAAGGUGCUUCAUAUGUUUGGCCGUGUGUGACUUAGCGGCGCUCUGGAAAACACCUUCUCUUCGGGCGUCCUCGUUUUCUGUAACGCUGAGACAGCAAUAACUAAGGCAGCUUUUGAAUGUUCCAAUGUCGCUCUCCCAAAAACCGAAUAACACAAACAAUAUGAAAAACCACAAGUGUCAUAUAAAUAGAACUAAAAACUGUAAUUGAUGACAAAUAAGUACUGCAAUCAUUUUGUCUGGCUCUGUUCCUGUUGAUGCACUGGUGUUAAAGAGUUAAAUAAUCAGGUACCUUUAUUACUUAGCUACUUUCUUGAAUAAAAUGGACGUUUUGUUACUUUUAGCCAGCAAGCUGAAGAGCAUUACCUCAAAAUUCUUAUCUAGCCUUGAAGUUUACAGACAUACCAUGUAAAUGUUUUUUUUUCCUCUUUUUUUGGUGCGUGUAUUUUGUUUUUGUUUUUUGAAGACAUCAUGUAUGAUGAAUUGUAGCUAUGAUGCUUUUAAUAAAAGUGAAUCAUGAUAUUCGCCUAGGACACCAAA